AUACAAUACAAGCUCUAAAACCAGGACCGGAGCAGCAUCUCAGAUCUCUUCUCUCUCCUGUUUCCACCUCUGCAGCACCGUUUAAAAGCCAAACAAGCAUCAAGAUGUCAGAAAAAAAGAUGUCUUCAAGUCGCAAGCACCAUCUCAAGAGUUUGAUGCUGUCCAUUGCCAAAGAUUUGCUGGAGGAGGAAGAACGGGAGCGAGAGGAGGAGAAGGAGCGGUACCUGGCUGAGAGCUGUCCUCCCCCGUCCAUGCCCAGGAGCAUGCAGGAGCUGCAGGAGCUCUGCAGAGCGAUCCACCACAAGAUUGAUGCCAUAGAUGAGGAGCGAUACGACCUGGAAAUGAAAGUCAACAAAUCCAACAAGGAGAUCGACGACCUAAAAAUCAAAGUUCAGGACAUUAUGGGCAAGUUCAAGAAGCCUGUCCUGAGGAAAGUGCGUAUGUCGGCUGAUGCCAUGCUGAAAGCUCUGCUGGGCUCCAAACACACCGUCAAUCUAGACCUGAGGGCCAACUUAAAGCAGGUCAAGAAGGAGGUCAAGGAGGAGGAGAAGGAACUUCGUGACGUUGGUGACUGGCGCAAAAACAUCGAGGACAAAUCUGGAAUGGACGGGAGGAAGAAGAUGUUUGAGGCCGAGGCCUAAAAGACGUGGCUUCGGUGUUUCAGCACGUUUCUUUUACUCAGCAAGACGGUUUAGAUGUUUGUUUCAUGGAGCGCACAAAUAAUUUUAUGAACUUCCCCGUAACCUGCAGAUUUUCAAUAAAGAAUUUUCAAAUUAUUAAAAAA